UACGCUUGCGCUUUGGGAAUAGAGGCGCGCGCUUUCCGGGGAGGGUAGGGGGCGGGUCCAGGCCGAGGUCUCAACGCGACUGCGCAGACGGGAUGCCUCCUGGAACAUGGCGACCUGCGCCGAGAUCCUACGGAGCGAGUUCCCGGAAAUUGAUGGACAGGUCUUCGACUACGUGACUGGUGUGUUGCACAGCGGCAGCGCGGAUUUCGAGUCUGUGGAUGAUCUGGUGGAAGCUGUGGGGGAACUGUUGCAGGAGGUGUCCGGGGACAGCAAGGAUGACGCGGGCAUCAGAGCCGUGUGCCAGCGCAUGUACAACACACUGCGCCUUGCCGAGCCACCAAGUCAAGGGAACAGCCAGGUGCUGCUGGACGCCCCCAUUCAGCUGUCAAAGAUAACGGAGAGCUACGACUGUGACCCCAGACUUCCAGGAUUGCUAAAGAGAGAACAGUCCUCGACAGUGAACGCCAAGAAACUAGAGAAGGCCGAAGCGCGCCUGAAGGCCAAGCAGGAAAAACGCUCAGAGAAGGAUAGCCUCAAGACCAGUGGCCCUCCAGUCUUGGAAGAGGCAUCUGCAAGCCAGGCAGGGAGCAGGAAAGAGAGUCGGCUGGAAUCUUCUGGCAAGAACAAGUCCUAUGACGUGCGCAUUGAGAACUUCGACGUGUCUUUUGGCGAUCGGGUACUGCUGGCUGGAGCUGACGUGAACCUGGCGUGGGGCCGCCGCUAUGGGUUGGUGGGGCGAAAUGGCCUGGGAAAGACGACGCUGCUGAAGAUGCUGGCCACCCGGAGCCUGCGGGUACCAGCCCACAUUUCUCUGCUGCACGUGGAGCAGGAGGUGGCGGGAGAUGACACUCCUGCCCUCCAGAGUGUGCUGGAGAGUGACAGUGUGCGGGAGGACCUGCUGCGGAGAGAGCGGGAACUCAGCAGUCAGAUUGCUGCGGGCAGGGCCGAAGGCACUGAGGCUGCACAGCUGGCAGAAAUCUAUGCGAAACUGGAGGAGAUUGAAGCAGACAAGGCACCUGCCCGGGCCUCUGUCAUCCUCGCUGGGCUUGGCUUUACUCCUAAGAUGCAGCAGCAGCCCACCCGGGAGUUCUCGGGUGGCUGGAGAAUGAGACUGGCCCUAGCCCGGGCCUUGUUUGCUAGGCCAGAUCUCCUGCUGCUAGAUGAACCUACAAACAUGUUGGACGUGAGGGCCAUCCUGUGGCUGGAGAACUACCUGCAGACGUGGCCCUCCACCAUCCUAGUCGUCUCCCACGACCGCAACUUCCUGAAUGCCAUUGCCACCGACAUCAUCCACUUGCACAGCCAGCGGUUAGAUGGUUACCGCGGUGACUUUGAGACGUUCAUCAAGAGCAAGCAGGAGCGCUUGCUCAACCAGCAGCGGGAAUAUGAGGCCCAGCAGCAGUAUCGCCAGCACAUCCAGGUUUUCAUCGAUCGAUUUCGCUAUAAUGCCAACAGGGCUUCUCAAGUACAGAGUAAACUGAAGAUGCUGGAGAAGCUACCGGAACUGAAACCUGUGGACAAGGAAUCGGAAGUUGUGCUGAAGUUUCCUGAUGGGUUCGAGAAGUUCUCCCCACCAAUCCUUCAGCUAGACGAGGUGGAUUUCCACUACGACCCUAAGCAUGUCAUCUUUAGUCGUCUGUCCGUCUCUGCUGACCUUGAGUCCCGCAUCUGUGUGGUUGGAGAGAACGGAGCUGGAAAAUCGACUAUGCUGAAGCUGCUCAUGGGGGACCUAGCACCCGUCCGAGGUAUCAGGCAUGCUCAUAGGAACCUGAAGAUUGGUUAUUUCAGCCAGCACCAUGUGGAGCAGCUGGACCUGAACGUCAGCGCCGUGGAACUACUGGCACGCAAGUUUCCCGGGCGGCCUGAGGAGGAGUAUCGGCACCAGCUGGGCCGGUAUGGCAUCUCUGGAGAACUGGCCAUGCGUCCUGUUGCAAGCUUAUCGGGGGGCCAGAAGAGCCGGGUGGCCUUUGCCCAGAUGACCAUGCCCUGCCCCAACUUCUACAUUCUGGACGAACCCACCAACCAUCUGGACAUGGAGACGAUUGAGGCUCUGGGCCGCGCACUCAACAACUUCAGGGGUGGCGUGAUUCUGGUGUCCCACAACGAACGCUUCAUACGGCUGGUGUGCCGAGAACUGUGGGUGUGCGAAGGAGGUGGUGUCACUCGGGUUGAAGGGGGGUUUGACCAGUACCGGGCCCUCCUGCAGGAACAGUUUCGCCGGGAGGGCUUCUUCUAGAGCCCAGGACAUGGACUCAUCCCCCAGACCCAUGAAUCACCACGACUUCCCCCAGCGUGGGACAGCCUUAGCCCUGGACACCUCUCUCCACUGUGCAGUGUGGAGGACUAGUCUGCCCAGGCAGGAGCUGGGACUGCCUUCUGGAGUUAGGGGUACCCCCUGGCCCCAGCUCUGACUGGGCCCAGGUGGUUGCUAUGUAAAUUAAACCCUCCUGGCACCUCCCUGGCCACCUGUCUGCUGCUCCUGGGGUGAGCCACAGUGGUCACCUGCUGCCGGGCCUGGACAUCUAAAAUGAGUCUAAGAUGCAGUCUAGAUGAGUCUAGGCCUCCCAUUGUGGUCACACAGAGGAAGCCACAGCAGCACCAGCUGCGUCUCUGAGAGGAGGUGACGUGGAGAUCACCUUCCCUGACUUGGGGUGGUCUGAGCCAGCCCAUGCAACCAAGGGGAGUGUGCAGGCACUGCUGAGGUGCUAUCCCCCUCGCCUGCACUCAGCCUCUGCUGAAGGAAUCAGGGGCUUGCUGUCUCGGCCCUGCUGCUUUGGAGUUGGAACUGCCUCUGGAGCCUGGCCCUGAACACACUCUGCCACCUGCCUUCUUCUGCAGGCCCUGGCCCAGACUUGUCUUGUUUCUCUGCUCUGGACCCUGGGGCUGAAGGGAAAGCCAGCCUUGUCCCCGUUCUGCUGGAGUGUUUUCCUGUUUUUUUGUUUUUCCUGAUUGAGAACCAGAUCUGCUAAAAAGAAAGCAGUGUGCUUUAUUUUCUAAUUGAGCAGUCUGUAAGGGGAGAGGAGGUGGUAGCCCAAGCAGUGUGCUUCAUAAAUGGUUGCCACAGAUGCAACAUUAAAACGCAGGUGUCACUGUGCUCUUGGUGACAACUGGGAACCCAGGGUCAGCAGCAGAUACUUGCUGACUCUGUGGAGCUGGUGACUGCUGUGAGAGCUGCCACGGGCCCUGAGGGUCAGGUGGCUGGGGGGGCAGCAAGUUGGUGAGUGCUCAUGGUGUGGCUCCCAGGGUGAGAGGGCUGCUGGACCCACUACCUGCGAGCCCUGCAGUGCUCUGCCUCCUCGGGCUCCCCAGAAAUGCAGCAGAUAGCUUCCAGGACACAGACUCUGUUUCUGUGUGUGGACACAGCUGGGUCUAAGCUCAGCCCUCUGCCUGCAUAUCAAUAAGAAAAAGCCCUGGUGUUACAUGCUUAAUUUAUUUGAAAGGCAGAUCUUCAUCGGCAGCCAGAGCUGAUCAGGCCAAAGCCAAAAAUUGCAGCUGUAUCUCCUAUGGGAUGGCAAAGAGCAAACCAGGGCUCUGACCUGCUGUCUUCAAGGCACAUAAGCAGGGAGCUAAGUCGGGGAGACAAAGAACAGCUGGAACUUGAGCCAGCGGUAUGUUACAGGGAUUUGGGCAUCCCAAGUAGCAACUUACCUGCUGUACCACAACCCUGGCUUCUUUUUUUUGUUUGUUUGUUUUCUGCCUUGUGGGAAAGAGUUUGCUAAAAAGACCACAGCCAACUUACAACAGCCCACACUGUUAGAUGAGCAACUUCUAAUAGCCUGCACUGCCUUCUGAAAGUACAUGCCUUGGACUAUGGCCCUGGCAGCCUGGACGAAGCGCUGUCUUGUGAGGAGGCACCAGAUGGUUUCCAGUUGCCUUGUGGUUUCAUGAUGUCUGGGAUGCGAGGUUGCUGUACGUGUAGUAACCGAAGCUGUGCUGCAGGAGCCAAGAAGUGCCCUGCCUGUGGUAGAACGGGGGAGGCAGGAAUAUGCUGCUGGCAGCCAGCUUCUCUUCAGAAAGCAGAGGGCAAGAGGGAAGAAUCUGCUGUGGGAGGGUGGGAAGGCACCAUCGGCCACUCCAGCCACCACUUUCACUGGCUAACCCCCAGCUAGCUGCCUGACCAGCUCUCCAUGACUGCAGGCCUGUGGUUGCUUUGGAACCUUGAGUCUCCAAGCCAGGCAGGAGUUGUCUAGGUUGCCACCUGUAUCUGGGUCUAGCCUCCCUGCCUCUGGGUCCUUGCUAUGAUCACCUUAGGCAGCCCAGCUGGGACCCAGUGGGAGGCGUGAACAGGCCAUGGGUUCUUGACAUCAGUCCAUGAGAUACUCUUAAGAUACCAGCCAGAACUGUUAACUCAGGGGCAAGUGCUGGGGCGUAGUAACACAUCCUGUGUGGCAGCCAUUCGUGCCCAGACUGCUCCACUUCCAAUCAGGCUCCUUGCUGAUGGCUUGGGAAAGCUGUACAAGAUGGCCUAAGUGCUUGGGCCCCUGU